CUACGCUCUACGGGCCCCACAACAGUUCAGGUGAGAGGGAAAAGGUCAACGACCUCUAGGAAACCCUAGGUUAGCCGGCUUGUCAACAUGGCGGUAGUCUGGUGGAUUCUCGCCUUCGUUUUGAUUCUAGUUGCCGCUCUCUCGACUCAACCAGGAAAGGCUGUCUUUCGUCUCAUAUACAGAAAGGUCUACGCAUAUAUUCUGUCACGUAUAGCGAAGUCGUACAACAAGAAGAUGUCCCCAUUUAAGGAGAAACUCUUCGAAGACAUGAAGACGCAUCAUACCGGGGAUCUAACCGUCUUGGAGAUCGGGGUCGGUGCCGGGGCGAACUUCAAGUUUUACCCGGCGGGGACGUCAGUCAUCGCCGUGGAUCCCAACCCGGAGUUCGAUAAGUAUUUGAUGAAGAACGCGGAGGAGUUUGGAGAGGUGAAGCUGCAGGAUUUUGUGAUCGCGGCCGGGGAGGAGAUGGCGGGGGUACCUGACUGCUCGGUGGACGUCGCCGUGUGUACGCUGGUCAUGUGCUCCGUGGCUGACCAGGUGAAAGUGCUGGCCGAAAUUAAGAGGGUUCUGAAACCAGGAGGCAAGUUCUACUACAUGGAACAUGUUCGUGCCGCCCCCGAUACCUGGGCAUACUCCAUACAGAACUGGGUAGACGUGGUCUGGCCGUACCUGUCUGACGGUUGUACUGUCAGAUCUGAACUGUGGAAACACCUGGACACGGCAGGCUUCUCACAAGUCGACUAUCAAAAGUUUGACGCACCAAUCAGGAUGGCUCUUAUUGCACCUCAUCUUAUGGGAACUGCUACGAAGUAGUCGAAAACUAAUCUCCAAGCAGAUGUUUUGAUGGCUGCAAAAUACAGUAU